AUGCCAUACCCCACCCAUUGGUACCGAGCCAUAUGCUUGGGUGGCCGCCCAAAUGGAUUCAUUUCCAUUAUGUCAGGUUCUUCCAUGGGGAAAUGCCGGGGAACGAUCAGCUAUGCUUUUGGAUCAAAGUACUGGGGCCGAGGCAUAACCACACUGGCAGUGAAAAGGGCAGUUUCAAGUGCGUAUGAAGAGUUCCCAGAUCUGGAGAGAAUUGAAGGUAUUGUUGAUGUGAAUAAUAAGGCCUCACAGAGGGUAUUGGAAAAGGCUGGGUUCCUCAAGGAAGGUGUCCUCAGAAAAUAUAUCUGUAUCAAUGAAGAAACUAUUGAUUUUGCUAUGUAUAGCCUUUUAUCCACUGAUCCAAUUUUACAUUAG